AUGAAGAAACAUAGUAUUGAUAUAAUCGGCGUAAGCGAAACAUGGUGGCCCGACUGCGGAGAGUUCUUUUCUCAAAACACAAAGGUUUAUUACUCUGGCAACCAAAACAAACAUCAUCGUAAUGGAGUAGGCAUACUAAUGAAAAAGGAUAUUGCAAAAUUUGUCACUGGAUUCAUUCCCAAAUCCAAAAGGGCUAUGAUGGUGAAAAUAAAUGCCAAACCACUUAAUAUAAAUAUUAUUCAAGUAUAUGCACCAACUCCUGACAAAAGUGACGACGAAAUAGAAUCUUUUUAUGCUGAAUUAAAUGAACUUAUGCGACUGACCAAAUCACAUGAAAUAAACAUUAUUCAAGGAGACUUUAAUGCAAAGGUUGGAAGAGGAGAAGUUCAUGGAGUUGUGGGCCAGUAUGGACUAGGUGAAAGAAAAGAUAGAGGAGAUCGACUAAUACAAUUCUGUCAAGAAUAUAAAUUAAAGAUUUCAAAUACUAUGUUCAAUCUACCACCUCGUAGACUAUAUACGUGGAAAUCUCCAUCUGACACUCCUGAUAAUAUUAUCAGAAAUCAAAUAGACUUCAUCCUAAUUAAUGAUCAUUUUUGCUCUUCAGUUAAGAAAGUUACAACUUACCCGGAAGCAGAUGUACAAUCUGGUCAUAAUCUUCUAAUGGCGAAAAUUUGCAUAAGAUUAGCAUCAAAUCGCAAAAAGAAACCAAGCCUCAAACUCAACUUAGAAAAACUACGAAAUGAUGACAUAAAAUGUUCAUUAAAAAAUAAAAUAAAUCAUAGCAUUAGUAGUAUUGAUUCUAGGAACCCAAAUAAUAUAUGGGAGCAACUCUAG